AUGGAGAUUAAGAACGACAACAUAGACGUAAAGACGGAUCCAGAGAAGCAAGAGCGAAGAAAGAGGAAGAAGAAGUUGGAGAUAGCGUGCGUCUAUUGUCGGCGUUCACACAUGAUUUGUGAUGAAUCAAGGCCUUGCCAACGAUGUAUAAAGAGAGGAAUUGGACAUUUGUGCUAUGACGAGCCUUCUAACUCUAGACAGCGAAAGAAAGCAGCUGCAUUGAGAAAGACAGAAACACCAACAGAGCAGUCACCAGCUCCCACAACUCAAGAGCCAACCCCAUUACCCCCACCAAUACAGGUAAACCCUGGUCAACAGAAAAUAUUAAAAAAUUCGGUUUUGUCACAAACCUUGGCAUACAAUCAAGAACCACUUUUCUACUCGGAACACGCAGGUAGUGAAUUUAGUUCAUUGAAUGAUUUCCUUUCCAUCAUUGAUGACCCGGAAUUGGUCAAUGGUGCACUAAAUGAUGACCCUAAUCAUGCGUUUUGGGGUAACACCAUGGCAUUUUCCCCAAAUAAUUUAUUCACCCAAACUUUCCCUGAAGAAAUCGUUCAACAACCAGCCCCAGAAAUAAGUGCUCCAAAAUCUCCUCGUGAAAGUCUGCAGCUACUGCAGCUGGAUGUCCAACCACGAGAAGCUCAACCAGUUAUUUCAGAUUCUGCUAGAGACAAAUUCUUCCUUACUGCAGCGGAUCCUACUACAGAGAUAUCUCCAGAGGAAAGGUUGAAACAAGUUAUCAAAGCAAAAUUAGAGGCAGGCUUAUUACAACCCUAUAAUUAUGCUAAAGGAUAUGCUCGAUUGCAGAGGUAUAUGGAUAAUUACAUGAAUAUCUCAAGUCGUCAAAGAAUAUUGAAACCAUUAUCAAUUUUCCGACCGGCAUUUCGUGCUAUUGCAAGAACAUUGAAAGACGUUGACUUGGUUUUGGUUGAGGAAAGUUUUGAAAGGAUGUUGUUAGAUUAUGAUCGUGUGUUUACGUCCAUGGCAAUACCUGCUUGUUUGUGGAGGAGGACAGGUGAGAUUUAUCGUGGUAAUAAAGAAUUUGCUUCCUUGGUGGGCGUCACCACAGAUGAUUUGAAAGACGGAAAGUUGGCAAUAUACGAAUUGAUGAGUGAAGAAAGUGCAGUCAAUUUUUGGGAAAAGUAUGGUGCUAUAGCUUUUGAUAAAGGACAAAAGGCAGUUUUGACCAGUUGUAACUUGAGAACAAAAGAUGGUAUAAAGAGAAAAAGUUGUUGUUUCAGUUUUACUAUAAGGAGAGAUAGGUAUAAUAUUCCAAGUUGUAUUGUGGGAAAUUUCAUACCAAUAGAUCCCUAG